AUGCAUUAUUUUCGCAUGUUUUUACAGCCAAAAGUCGCUACUAGACCAUUCAACUUGACAAAGUCCCUGACCAGAUACUCUCGAUGUGCUAGUUUUUCUCAUUCAAAUGUACCUCCGAAUCAAAACCAUUUGCAACCUACUGCAUUUCAAAAAAAACCCAUCAAACCUCGACAAUCCUUAUCUUACAUUGAUCAUUCUAUCAAACCCAAACAAAACAGUCUAGAUAUUGGUCAUCAAGGCAAAGGAAAACCAAAAAAGAUGUUUGAUAAAAACAAAUCAAACAAGUAUAAGAUGAAAUCGCAUGCGCCCAAGCCAAGAGCAAACCCAUCGGCUGUUGAAAUGCCAUGGGAAAGCAAGAAUAUGGAUCCACUUGCUGCAUUGAAAAAAUUUCCCGUGUCCAUGCGGUAUGCAGUAGUUGAAAAACAAGAUGUGGUCAAACAAGCCUAUGCAAGUGCAUUGGAGGAGCUAUCAACGCAACCACAUGAAUCUAUUCCACUAAGUACAUAUCUCUUGCUAUCAUCGUCUGCACAGUCAAGCUCACUUUCACUCAGUCUUUUAUGGAAAUUAUACACUGGAUUUAUUUUUGCUGCAUCGGAUCGGUUAACCAUUCUUCCAAGCCAUAUGGAUGAUUUUUUGCGACACAUGUUACGCCAGAUUAAGAUUGUUCCAAACGUCCAAGAUAUUAUCCUGCACAACAAAUUUGCACCUAUCUCACCCAUUCCCGAUGAGCUCAAGUCUAAAAUUGAAAUGAUUAUUCAAGACUAUACUGAUCUUGGAUUUGAGCCAACAUCAACUGUUUGGUCUGCUCGUGUCAUGAUGGCGAUUUGUCAAAAGGAUUAUGAUUUGGCCAAAUCUCAUUACUAUCAUGCACAUCAAAAACCAGCCAUUAGUGUGACCGAUGCUGAUGAUCAAGAGUCUUUGUUGCCAGAGCAAUCAUUAUCUGAAAACGACGCUUUUAAUGACAAUCUGGCGGUUGAAUCUGGGCUAAAGAAAAGUGCAUCUGAAGGGUUAAUUGUCAAAGACCUGUCUGGAUCUACAGGAGAAAAUACAGCCAUAGAUUCAAAUCCAAGUAUCGCCAGCAAAGACAGUGCUAAAACUCACGAAUCUAAACAUGCUUUAGAGUUGAACAAGAUUAAACCCGUUGGAUUGUCUAUUGAGGGAUACAAUGCAAUGAUUGCUCUUCAGACUAAAGAGAUACACGAUGCUCGUCUAACUCUUGUUCCUUGCUCAAUCUUUUCAUUAGAUGAGUUUCAUCAGACACCGGAUUUAAAUACCGAUUUGUCCCAGUCAUCUGAAAAAUCCAUCAACUCUUUUACUGCAACUAAAACUCCAACCCAAUCUAAAAUCUGGAGGGUUUUUACUAACAUGCGUCAAGGUGGAGUUUUACCAUCUAUAGAAACAUUUGAAAUGUGGUUUUUCAUAUUUGGUCGACUGCACCAGCCGUAUGCAGUUCAAAAGAUUCGUCAACAUUUGUAUUUGAAAAAUAUACCAAUGCGAGGCGAAACCUUGUUGGCUUUAGUUGAUGCUUUGGCAGAAACCAAAGCAAACUCAAAGUUAAUUUAUAAAACGAUCAAAAGAUACAAUUCAAGUAACAACGCUACUGACAAAAAAGAUUUAAAAACCAUAUGGCUCAAAUACUGGCUUGCUUUAGAGCAAUUGGAUUCUGCGUGGGGAAUUCUCGAUUACUUUUUAGCCAACAAAUUUACACUAAAUAAUACAACUGCAUCCAUGAUGAUUUAUGCUGGGCAAUUGCGUCACCCUGAAGAUCCACUUAUGACUGAAAAAAGGCUUGGCAGUUUUUUAGAAACGGAGUUGUUGCGAGGCAAUGCUGAUCUUUCUCCAAAGAUUUGGUCCGUUCUUAUCAGAUCAUAUGCCAAUUACAAGGGAGAUGACGCCCACGAUCUGGUUGUAUCUGCGUAUACAACUCUUGUUACAACUCUUAUUCCAGCAUGGACUACCAACAGUAUGUAUGGGCUUAGUCUUGAAGGCGACACCAACUUCAAAUUGGAUCUACUUACUCAAGAAUGUAUUGCGUAUGCACUUGGAAAAACACUCAACAAGGAGGUUACUUUGACGUUUUUUAACAGCAAUGUGGUGUCGACUGGUGCUAGCAAAGGAUUGAUUGAAAAGUUCAUGUCAGGAUGGAUUGAUGCAAAAGGAUCUACUGACGGUCUUGAAGUGAUUGUCGCAAAGAUUAUGGAAGCAGAGCUGAAUGAUUUAGCUGACAGCGAGUCUACUGCUAAUCACGCGGAUUCAUCUGGUAUAGCUGAGCGGCUUAAUACAGCUUCUUUAAACGAGUCUGAUGUUUUUGAUACAACAGAAUUUUUACAGAAUAAUGAGCUGGACUUGACUCGAGAUGAGCCUAUUAAAAAAUAA